ACCCAGGUUUUCAUAUGUCGGUUGAGAAGAUGCCAGGGCUGUCAGAAACAGAGCGCGCUGGAUGUAUGAAAAUACUGACGUUAAUGUCAAAAUGCGACAUACUCUCACUUAGCGACACGGUCACGAAUAAGUUGAUAGUCGUGGAAAAUGUUACAGAGGCUGUGGAAACAAUUCUCUCCUUCACUAAAAAUGCCGAGGAGCUCCUGAAAAGGAAGAAAGUUCAUCGAGACCUCAUAUUCAGAUACCUGGCCAAAGAGGGCGUGGCGAUGCCCGUGAACACCGAGAAGCACCAGCUGAUAAAGAGGACGCUGGAGCUGUGGUCGUCUGGAAAGGCUGCGAUUGACAAGAACCUUCAUGGAGAGACAGAUGAGACAAACAGAGUGUCUGACUCCACAAGCGCAAAGGCUGAGGGGGGCUUUGACCCAAUGGUCCUCGGCCAGCAGUUCUGCCAGUGGUUCUUCCAGCUCCUUAACAGUCAGAACCCCUCGCUGGGCCAGCAGCCUCAGGACUGGGGACCACAACACUUCUGGCCAGAUGUGAAGCUACGCCUCCUCUCCAGAGCUGGCAGCGAACAGAUGGAGGAGUUCCUGGGUGCUGAACUGGUUAACCUUCGUCUCCUGGCACUGACCAAGGAAGAGCGCCUCCUCCUCAGCCCCAACCUGGAGCCUCACGGUCUCAAGGUCCUGGCCUCCUCCCAUGGCCUGGUACUGGUGGCUGUAGCCGGGACCAUCCACAGAGAUGGAGCCUGCCUGGGCAUCUUUGAGCAAAUCUUUGGCCUCAUCCGCUCCCCGCUCGAGAACAACAGCUGGAAGAUCAAGUUUGUCAACCUGAAGAUCAGAGGGCAUGAUGCUCUGGGUGGGACAGAUGUGGCAGCACCGACUUUGAGUUGCAACUCUACAGAACUGCAGCUUCUCUGCAGUUGAUGAACCUCUUUACCUCUUUCUUUUACAUUAUUUACUCUGUGAAGGUCUAACUGAGCCUGGUCUAUCUCAUGUGACUGGGCCAAACACGUUUACUCAGGCAGUUGUUUUCAGAGAGCCGAUCUGGCAACUCUCCUGGCAUAGACCUCUCUUCUAAAGUUAUGUUUAACAUUUCUGUCAGGGUGAACAGGUAGGUGGACACUAUUGCAUGCAAAUCUCCUUUAUACACACGUCAUUUCUGUAACAUAAAAGCAUGGCAGAAUUUGAGAAAAAGUUCCCUUAUAGAAUUCUGCUGCUAUCUGCUGUCACUGGUUGCGGAAACAUACUGUCUGAUGCAAAGCAAAGCUUUUCUUCCUGUGCCUUGUGUGAGAAACCUGUGGAAAAAGAGACGUGGAUGUGCUCCUGUAAAUAUGUAUCAUAGCAAAUAUACAGAUUAUAUUGACACUUGGGCUCUGUAAUGACAAGUAGGUCACUGCGUACGAACAGAACAAAUGUGUGUGUUCAUAUGACAAUAGAGAGUCAAUAAAAAUUGAU